AUGACAACGACGACUGAUCAUCAUCAUCGAGCUUCUUUUUCCACCCUCACAUUUGAAUCAUUACAAUUGCCUCCUUCCAUUCCAACAUUAAAAAAGGAACAUUCUUCAUCCUUUUCUUCUACUACUACUCAUAAUAUUUUCACAUCUGAUGAUGAUUUGUUCAUUUCGGCCAAAAGCUCGCUUAAUAAUUUUGGAUCUCCACUACCACCACCCUCGUCGAAUUUUCCACCACCCUCACAUUCCAAUUCAACAUCUCACUUGCCCACUUACAUUAAUCAACAAUGGAAGAAGGUGGAGGAAGAACAAGAACAAGAAGAAAAUAACUGCAUUUUAAAUAAUAAUAAUUUUCAAUCAAAAUCAAAUUUUCCUACUUUAACAACAAAUUCUUUGUCACAAACAGCAAUUAUGAAUUCUCAAAUUAUUCGAAAUAAUUCUUCAAAUUCACUUACCAAUUCAUCAUUAACUUAUCAAAAUAAUAACGAUGGUAAUAAAACGUUAUGCAGUGGCUCUAUUAUGAAUAUUCCAAAUGGGGUUUUUCAUCCAAUCGCUGCUAAGCGAUCAUAUGUUGGAAUUAAUAAUGGUAGUAAUGGAAGCAAUAGUAUUCACGGUCUUAAUCAAAAUAAUCAAUCAUUUCUUCCUCUUCUAUAUCAACAGCAGCAACAACAACAAAGUAGCCGAUCUCCACUUUAUACAGCUGCAUUAACAAAUCUUCAACAGCAACAACAAAUCGAUAGUCUUCCUUUAAUAAAUCAACAAUCAAAGAAAAAUAGUUCAAGCAACAAUUUAUUUAUUGGUCCAAAGAUAGCAAUGAGUACAGCAACCGCAAUAGCUGUUGCUAUUCCUCCUUUUUCUCAAACUUCGGGAGGUGGAAGUUGUGGAGAAAGUUUGGCAGGUGAUAGCACCAAUGGUGGUGGGGGUGGUGGAGGUGGAAUUGGGACUCCAACAAAAUCAUCAAAAUCAAAAAUUAAAUCGAGGAGUGCAUUUUAUACGCCUUAUCAUCUUGAACCUAUCCAAAAGCAUCGUGGAGAACUGUCAAUCAACGAAAAGUAUCGUUAUGAUUUGAGUCGAGCUCAACUGAAAGCAUCUUCUCGAACAUCUGCACUUCUUUCUGGCUUUGCAAUGGUAGUGAAUUUUGACAAAAAAUUAUUUUUAACAUUUUAG